AUGGCAACAAACCUAAUUCUAUCAUUGCUACAUAGCCCUCUUGAUAGGUACUAUUCCUUGGGGCACGCUGUUGUAGAAUCAUACCAUGUCAUUCUACUAAUGAUUUUAGUAGCCAUCAACAUAUACCUGCUCAUCAGAAACUUUCAUGCUAAUCAAAGGGCUGAUCAAUCGUUAACCCUCUUGGACAUCGAAUUCGGGGCACCAACAACGACAAAUCUACGGCGAACACGAAGACCAUCACGGCUAAUCUCUUACGGUGUACCUUUCAUGCAUCGAGUGGGCAAAAGAAUAGGAAUUUGCAGUGAUGAGUGUGUUAUUUGCAUGGAGGAUUUUAAGGAAGGAGAAUAUUGCAGAUUUCUUAGCAAUUGUAGGCAUGCAUUUCACCAAAAAUGCAUAGAUGAUUGGCUUGCUACGGCCAGCAAUUGUCCGGUUUGUCGAGAUUGUGUUUGGGUUGUGCAAGGAGAUCAAAAUCAGGACUUAGGCUUUCCUCAAGUAUAUAUUAAUUGUAAUCCUUGUACAAACAACCACACUGGCUUACUCUCACCUCAUACACGCAGUCCGCCAGCCAUGGUAUCGGCAGCUCCUCCGCCUCUUCCUCUUUCGCUACCGCCUUCACCGCCACCAGAGCUUGGUUAUGUACGCACCGUGGUGCUGAUGCUAUUAUGCAUUCUAAUAGUAGCCGCCAUCAUUUAUGGGACCCUCAGGGAAAAUGCUGCUGAUCAAAGAGCCCAUCCAACGCACGACAUUGAAUCUGGGGAACCAACAAUAACAACACCAUUAACCGCACCACCAAGAACGAGAAGAUCAGCCAGAAGACCGCCGCUGCGGCCACGGCUAAUCUGUUGUGGUAUACCUUUCAAGUAUCGAGUGGACAAGAGAGUUGGAUUUCAUAGUGACGAGUGUGUGAUUUGCAUGGAGGAGUUUGAGGAAGAAGAUAAGUGCAGGGUUCUUAAGUGUGAGCAUACGUUUCACAGAGGAUGCAUUGAGAAGUGGCUAUCUAGGGCUGCCAGUUGUCCGCUUUGUCGUGAUUCUGUUUAUGUCUUGCAAGGGGAUCAAUAUCCGCUUUACCCAUACUUGAAUAUGUAUAAUGUGUAG